AUGGCUUCAGAUCCUUUUCCAGAUGAGCCAGUCGCCUCACAUGAAAAGGCUCCUGAGAAGAAAAAGAAGCGGCGGCCGCGGAAAAAGAAAAACGCAGUGACAAAAGACGUGCAAUCGAAAUCAGCAGAUAUAGCGUUGGAUCCACCUCCUUUGCCUGAACAAAGUGUUCCCAUGAGUCCAAGGAAACAAACUCUCCUACGUCAUCAGAAGAGCAAUCUCUCCGAAGACGAGCCUCUUUUCCUCAGUGAAGUGAAAGAGCUCAAAAAGAAUCGUAGGCCUUUGACGCAAAAUCAUAUGCCUCGGUCAGAAAACGAAAAGUUCAAUGUCUUAUUAGCAAGCUACCCCAUGGAUGAUCGAACAACUAUUUUCCGCGCACCUUUUGCCCGAAUAGUUGUGUAUCAUGAGCAAGUCCCGGACUCGGGCAUAAAUGCUUCUUCGGGUACACUCUUGGGCCACGGCGAGUUCACGAUCUUCCAAUUACAUAACGGCGAUAUCACGUACUUGGCGUGUGGACCAUCUUUUGUAUAUCCUCUUCUUCGCAAGCUCAAGAUCCUCCGGGUGAGUCGAUCUCACUUCAUACUUCCUUUGGUCAACCCUCAGCGAUAUUGGAAAAUGGAGGUUGUUUCACAAGAGGAUGCGGUAUUGGAGGAACUCGAAAAAGUGUUUCAAAAGUUCGUCAACUAUACAAGUCUAUUUUUGGUCUCUUCUCCGGUUGAUGAUGGUGAAAAAUACGAAAAAGAGAAAGAAAGUGCCGAUUCACAUGCUGGACAUGUACAACUUUCAAUACCUGACAUGUUUCCUCUUAGAGGUUCAAACGAACAAACAGAAAAUCCCAUAUCACCACAUGCAUCCUCACCAAACUUCCAAGCAAAAGGAAAUCAAUUCACUCCCUUUUUCAAUAACAUUCCCGAAUCGCCGCCCUCAGUGCCGGUUUCUCCGAACCAGUUUCAUCUCUACGAUUCUAAGCUGCCCAUUCUGCCCUCAAGGUCACCAAAUCUAGAACAUGAUCACUUUGGAUUUCUCUCGCAUCCCAAUGCGUACAUGCCUAUUCAAUCAAAACUUACAAAACCUUUAGUGAAAAAAGCUAAUAAUUCUCAGAUCGCAAAUCCUUAUCACCAUACUAGUCAACAAUCUGAUUCAUCGUCAAUGGAUUCUUUACUCGAUGAGUACGAAGAAAAUGUAUCCAUGACAAGGUCUAUCAACUAUAAUGGUUCUCGUAUGCCUUCACGAACGGCUUCUUUCGUUUCAAUUUCUCAUCAUCCAUUAAACAAUUACGCUCGGGGCAAUGUUCUAAUUUUACCUGAAAGAAGUGUUGCUGGAUCGAUUAUCGGUGACAAGAACAAACAUGAGGAUGAUGGCUUUUUUCCUACAACGUCUCUUUCCCAGUAUAAUCGAAAUCGGCGAAACAGCCAGAAUGGUUUGUCGCGCAGGUCUUCUGUUAGUGAACUCUAUACCUCCGUUUCCAAUUGGAUGGAUCCCAGUACGAAUGGCCCAAAAUUAUCACACUCCCGUUCCAAUUAUACUUUGGCUUCUCGUCAAAGCAAUCGCCCAAUAAAUGUAAAGGACACUUAUCAGGACAUUUAUCGUUCCAUUACGCUGCAUAAUGUUGCUGCUUUGGCCGGUCGAGAAAAGAAUUCAGAAGCUCUCCCCGAACCCAAAUAUCCAUCGGGGGAUCUGUACUAUUCUAAAUUGCUUGUUACGGACCAGUUCAGCAGAAAACCUGUGAGUACCAAAACACAGGCAAAUACUAAAUCAACCAGUGAAAGGCUCAAUAGGAGAUCUAGUCGGAUAAGCUCAUCAGAUGUUUACAAUCUCAUAAGCCGGAAAGAGGAGAAGAUUGAGGCUAGCUCCGGUAUCGGCAGGUUUUUCGGUUGGUAA